UCUGAAGAGGCUCACCAGCCUCUUUCCUGUCUCCUGUCCCGCCAGAAUGGGUGCUGGGAGGGCCCUCUGGGUGGUGCCUCUCCUAGUGAGCACCAUGAGGCCGGCUUCCUUCAUGUCUGAAGGCAGAGACUCCCCAGAGGAUUUUGUGAUUCAGGCGAAGGCGGACUGUUACUUCACCAACGGGACAGACAAAGUGCGCUUCGUGGUCAGGUUCAUCUUCAACCUGGAGGAGUAUUUACAUUUCGACAGUGACCUGGGGAUGUUUGUGGCACUGACGGAGCUGGGGGAGCCUGAUGCUGAGCAGUGGAACAAACGCUGGGACCUCGUGGAGCAGAGCAGAGCGUCUGUGAACAUGGUCUGCAGGCAGAACUACAAGCUGGGGGCCCCCUUCACUGUGGGGAGGAAUGUGCCCCCGGAGGUGACAGUGAGCCCAGAGAGGACCCCGCUGCUGCAGCAACACAACCUGCUGCUCUGCUCUGUGACAGGCUUCUAUCCCGGGGACAUAAACGUUAGGUGGUUUCGGAACGGACAGGAGCAGAGGUCUGGGGUCAUGUCCACUGGCCUUGUUAGGAAUGGAGACUGGACCUUCCAGAUGACAGUGACGCUGGAAAUGACCCCGGAGCUUGGGGACGUCUACAGCUGCCUCGUGGAGCAUCCCAGCCUCCAGAGCCCUGUUUCUGUGGAGUGGGUGGCUCAGUCUGAAUAUUCGUGGAAAAAGAUACUGAGUGGAGGCGCAGCGUUCCUGACUGGGCUAAUCGUCUUCCUGGUGGGGGUUGUUAUCCACGUCAAGGCUCACAAAGGUAGCAUACCCGUGAGAACCUUUCUGCGUGCCCUGUACUUCCGUUACUGUACAGAUCCGAGUGUUACCAUAACCAUUGAUGCUAAUCGCCCAGGUCUGUUAACUUAUCGCUGA